AUGGAGAACUUGAGGAGGCUCCUGAACCCGCUGGUGCUCAACCUGCAGAAGAUGGAGCUGGAGCUCACCUGCCCCGUCUGCCUGAAGUUGCUCACCUCGCCGACAACGCUGCCGUGCUACCACACAUCCUGCAGCAAGUGUGCCCUUACACCGACUUCAAAAGGUUACAGCUGUGCCAUUUGCAAAUCAGGCUAUUGUUCUCAAGAUUUAAGGCCAGCUUCUCAUCUCGAGUCAAUAGUGAGCAUUCACAGGAGCCUCAGCUCUACCGUCAGCACCAUGACUGAACAACAGGAUGCUCAAGUUAACAUUCCUGAUGCAAAGACAGCAUCUCAUGGAACACCAGAAUCAGGAAACAGAAGUGGGGUGGUGGAGAAAUCUGACCAGAUGAAAUCUUACAACCCUGUUGCUUCAAAGCUUGUAUAUAACCAAUCAACUGGACCUGCAUUUGGGAACACUGAUGGUGUUCAAACAAAAGAUCCUUCAUUUGAGAACAAAGCUGGUGCUGCAGCUGGUGCACCAACAGCUCUCGUGCAAAAGGGACAUUCUGGGUCACAAUCUUCUGACGGCCCUGGAGAUUUGGAUUGUGACAGCAAUGACCUUGAAGGAGAACUGAUAACAAGCAGAUCACCUCUUCAAACUGCAUUGAAAAGAGAGACAAAUGUAAUGGAUGACCAUACCAGAGAAUUGAAGAGGCAAAAAUCAAAUGAUCAGGUUCAAAGACAGACAACCAUGGCCAGUGCUUGGAAAUGUGAGUUCUGUCAUUCUUCCCAAGUCACUGAGUGCACUGGCCCUUUGUCACAUUAUCUGAAUGGGGAGCCAAUAGAAGCUGAUCAAGCUUGGAAAUCAAGUGUUCAGCAUGUCCAUGAGAAGUGUGUUGAAUGGGCUCCUCAAGCAUUCUUUACUGGUGACAUUGCAAACAACUUGGAGCCUGAGUUGGUCCGUGCUUCUAAGAUCAAAUGCAGUGUUUGUGGCUUGAAAGGUGCAGCACUUGGCUGCCUUGUGAAGAGCUGUCGCAAAAGUUUUCAUGUCCCAUGUGCCUACAACAUCAAAGGCUGCAAAUGGGAUCAAGAGAACUUUGUUAUGCUGUGUCCUACACAUUUGUCAAAAAAGCUGCCUUGUGAGAGAUCAAAGUCAAAAAAGAAGACCAAGAUGCAGCAACCAUCUUCUGACACUGAUGAUAUGAAUUCACCUUCUCCAAUGCAAAGGGAUGAGCUUUGGACUGCUUCACCUUUUCUGACUAGUGAAUGGGUUAUAUGUGGAUCUGCCCUCAUUGGCCAUGAGAGGGAAAUCUUGGAUCAGUUUGAGUGUCACACUGGCAUCACAGUAACUAACACUUGGAGUUCGGAUGUGACUCAUGUGAUUGCUAAUACGGAUGAACGUGGGGCAUGUGCUAGGACACUCAAGGUUCUCAUGGCUAUUUUAGCUGGGAAAUGGGUUCUCAAUGUGAAUUGGCUGAAAGCCUGUAUCGAGGCUAGGAAACCAAUCCCAGAAGAGCCCUAUGAGAUCAGGUGUGAUGUUCAUGGCUCUGUCGAUGGCCCUCGCACAGGAAGGCUUCGAGCAUCGCAGCAGGCACCAAGCCUGUUUGCUGGGUUGACCUUCUAUUUCAGUGGCCAUUUCAUGCCGGGAUACAAGGCCAACCUUGAAGAAUUGAUUGCCGCAGCAGGGGGUUCCAUUUUGGAGAAGGCUGAGCUCUCUACUACAUCCUUGAUUCUUUACAGCAUGGAGCCGCCGCAAGGAAACAAUAUGGACACCCUUGAGACCAUCAAUAAGAGAAUAGCUGAGGCUCAAGAACUGGCAGCCACAGUUGGCUGCAAAGCCAUUCCUCAUACAUGGAUUCUGGAUUGUAUUGCAUCCUGCACAGUUGAGCUGAACGUGUGA